AGAACAGGAGCGGUCCCGACUUACCGUAUGGCACAAAACCAGUGACCGUUGACAAAAAUAAUUCCCAGAUCACUUCGUCCAUCUUGCAACUUUUAUUCCAACUCUCGCCGAUCGUCUCUUUUCAACUCUUUUCAACUCGAAUGAUCCGAGAAACCAGGAAGCGCAAGCAAUCAACUACACAGCACCCAAGUCAUCGGAAACAUGUCAAACCUACAAGUGCCCGGCGAGCAAGGAGAGGGCAAAGUGAGAGCUGUCUCAAACCCUCUGCCCGGACUUGCAUCACUCAACUUCAACAAUUACGGAAGUGAUGCUCAGCAAGACUACGAGGCGGCUCAAGCCUCUCGCGCAAACGCCACUAUCGACGAAAUCGAGCAAAGAGGCAUAGUGCCCGACGUCAAUCUGGUCGAACGAGAGCUCCUCCGGCCAAAAUCAAGAAUCAAGAGAGCCGGCUCUACUGCCCACAAGAUAUUCUCUAAUCGUGCCGCAUCCUCUCGCGACCCUUCUGGCAGCAGCGAUGUCAAUACCCUCAAUCUCGGCCUUCGCGUCUACCCAAGCAACGAGGAGCAAGAUGCAGUGGUCAAUACGCUCUGGGAAGAGUUCGCCAACGACGGUGGUUUGAGCGGACUAAGCCACCAGCAGGUGUCUCUUCUUUAUCAGCACUGGCACCAGCGUGCCCUGGCCAUCAAUGAGUCUGCCAAAGAAUGGCAAGCUCUCAAUGAGCCUUCCCCGAAAGCGACGGAGCCCCGCGUGAGCACCUUUGACCUCUUCGGCUCCCUGAUGACCGACUUUGAGCUUCUCCUUGAGGUCUGCAAGCAUUUGCGCCCGAUCGACAUCAUCAAUCUUUACAGCGUCUCGAAAUCCUUCCAUGAUCUUGUCAACGCAAACCUCCAAAGCACCAUCCUUCUUUGGACGGACCACAUGGCGCCGUCCUCGGCUCGCAUCUUCUGCCACCAACUGUACUACCAGUACUUCAUCGACGACCCCUCCGGCAGAGAUCCCAGUACUCACCGUGAUAUACGGUAUUUCAACCGAGAGGCUCCCAAUUAUACUGUGUAUCAAAACCAGGCCGGAGAAGGCCAAUUCGGUCCCGUCAACCCUCUUCCACCCGCCGACCCGCAACACAAUAUCCGCAAGGUCCCGUCCCUGAUCUGGUUCCAAAUGGUCGUCGACCGCGAGAUCAAAGUCCGCGACAUCCUCGCCACCCUCGCCCGCCACGGCCACCGCACCCCUCCCGACACGCACAAGACGCUAAAGAAGCUCUGGCUCUUAAUGGACGUGGCCUCCUGCCGCGGCCGCGCCGUCCUGAUUCGCUCCCAGACGCUCUUCACCGACGAGGACCUCUACCGUGCUCGCCUCUUCUUCAUCAAGCUCUACAUGCUCUUCGCCGACCCCGUCUUCGGGCCCAAGUCCACCGCGCUCGCCAAGCUGUUCCUCGGCCAAAAGGGGUUCACACCGCUUUGGCAGUUCCUGCGGCGCAAGAAGUACACCACCGAGCAAGAGAUCGUGGAGAUGAAGACGCGGUACGACGUCCGACCGACUCUCUUGCAGGUCCUCGACGGACAUCCCAUCAACGGCGUACCGCCCAAUGAGAUGGGGAUGAUGCAUGUGGAAGGGUGGGGGCGCGGCGUCAGACACUUGCUUCGCCCCGAUCAGAUGGUCAAUUGGGAAGCGUACAAGAGAGGGUUGCCGCUGCACCUAAGGGCCGAGAGGAUGAUGCUCUACGGCCAUGUGGACUUCAACACGGGCCGGCCGUUGGUGCCGAGCCUGGAUGAGUUGUACAUGAGUGAUGACGAGUUCGACCUGCCGGCCGAUUCGAGCUGGAGGAUCAUGAAGCAUCACAAGGCCCAUGGCGGCUGUGGGAAUGUCCCCUUCGAGAGAGGCAUGUGGCAGCCUAAGCAUGCGAGGAAGGCAAGGUGGAAGACGUUGACGGAGGAGGAGAAAGAGGAUAUACUGGCUGCGGAGGAAGAGGAGAUCAAGGAGGAAAAGAAGUUGCGGUAUGUGGAAGGUGAUUUGGAUGUGGCCCUUGCGGACUUGGAGGAGGCGUUGUAUGACUAUGCCGUGGAGAAGGAGGAGGGAAGUCACGAAGAGCAUGGCAUUGACGGACUUGAGUUCGACAGCCGCGUUCCAAUGCCCGAUGAUACGUCUCAUGCCGAUGAGGAAGAAGAGUUCGAUGAUACCGACUGGGAGAACUGCGCGAAGUACAUGAAGGAUUUAGAUCGGGUACCCGACCAGCUGACUCUCAUCCGACAAGACAAGGCUUACUCCCAGCUCAACAGAUCACUCAUCAUGGCCAAGCAGGUGUUCGACAGCAAGGCCAAGAGCAAUUCUGAAAGGCAAGAGCAAGACAAAGCUUGGGCGCAUGCCAUUGUUCACCAACUACCCCUUUAUACCGGCGCGAAUCCCGCUUACAGAAGAGGUGUUCCCGUUGCUCCUCGAAACAACUCACCCGCGUCAAACCAGGCCUUCUUCAAUGCCCAUAAUGGCAAUCACGACUGGGUGCAGCCGGUAUACCCAGCCCAAGCCGAACUACCAGACGUUCGAGCCGAGUAUCUUCUCAAAGGCGCUGUCGCCCUCCACAAUGCCCGCCUUGACACCGGCGACCUCGACCCCGCCACCGACGCUAUGCCCGAUGACGAAGUCGCCGAGUUGGAAGACGAGGAGAUUACCAAACAGAUUGAGAAGAAUGUCAAUUACGGUUGGAUGCUUCACAUGCCGCGCAAGCAGCCCAACAACGAAGCUGGUAGUAGUUCGCAAGACCAAGACGACCACAGUGGCAACGAAGGAGCCAGCGGUGUGUCAGAAUCUAUGGACAUGGACAUGAUGGACAUGGAUGACAUGGAGGAGGACAUCGACGACGACUUCAACGACUUGAUCACCAGCGACUUCGAUGAUUUCAUCACCACCCCCAACUUCGGCCUUCACAACCCUAACAACGCAAGCCCCAGCAACACCAUCCCCCUCUCCCCCACCCCCAGCGCCAGCACCAUCGACCAACCCAGCCCCAACCCUUACAUCCCCAUCCACAAGAACCAACCCACCCCCAACACCAACCCCAACCCUCACAACCCCGACUUACCCUACCGCACCCAAAUGUACCACUACCACCACGACCCGGACGAAGACUUCGACUGGCGCGGCUGGCUCGACAUGCAGCACCAGAACGACUUGCUAAGCGAGGCAGCGAGGCUAGAUCGCAACCUGUUGAACGGUGCGCAUGAGAUCGGGCCGGAGGAGCUAAGAAGGAGGGUGGAGAGUACGAUUGAGAGGACUCGGGGGUAUAAGAGUUUGAGGGAGAGGUUUUUGAGGAGGUAUUAUCGGCAGUGGUAGUGGUGUGUGUGGUGAGUGUGUGUGUGUGUGGUUGGGGGAUUUGGGUGGGUUUGGUGGAAUAGCUUGAUUUGGUCAUGUGGUGUGCCGUACCCUAGUGGUUCGGUUUGGAAUUCUUUGUCGGUAGGUGAUGAUGGUAGGAAGGAGUGAUGAUGGGAAGGAGUGAUGAAGGAAAGAGUGAUGAAGGAAGGAGUGAUGAAGGAAGGAGUGAUGAAGGAAAGAGCGAUGAUGGGAACUUAAGGAGUGAUGUGCAGAGAGGUAGGGAUAUGGAAGAAUGGAAAAGUGGAUGUCUGGUGUAUAUAUGGAUGCAUCGAUGCUCAGAGAGGCUGUUCUAUACUUGCUU